AUAUAGUGUAGGUUCAUGUCUGUGUACUGCUCAACGUGACAAAAACUGUUAAGUUGAUCGAAGUAAUUAACGCGAAUCGUUCUUCUUUUUUUGGACAUGAUAUAUAAACUGCAAAUUGCAGUUUUUUUGCUUGGAAGCCUUUUGCAAGCUGUUUCUGCAGAAAGUGAAGAGGCGGACCCAUGCCAAGGCAGAGUUGGAAUUUUCUCGAAUCCGGAUGAUUGCGCAACAUAUCUGAUUUGCCAAAAUGGGAUUUCAGAGAUUGCCAGUUGUCCGGAUGGACUUCUUUUUGAUCGUUACAAAAGGACUUGUGACAGAAAUGUGACAGUGGAUUGUUCAGACGCUGGAGCUUCCGACUUGCCUCCAUAUCAGACUGGUGUACGCUCUGACGAUGUAGUGUGUGAAAGCAAUAACUGUUCAUGUAUCUAUCCGAGUAAGACGACUUGCUGUCAGUACUAUCGGUGUGAAGACGGAGUAGCCUACCUAGAACAGUGCUCUGAAGGACUACUCAUGAACCCUGAAACGCUUACUUGUGACUAUGCUGAGGACGUGAGUUGUGCUGUUUCUGAAGAAGUUGGACAGGAGGAUCCAUGCCAAGGCAAAGUUGGAGUUUUCUCAAAUCCAGAUGAUUGCACGACGUACAUGAUUUGUCAAAAUGGAAUUUCGGAGAUUGUUAGUUGUCCAGAUGGACUACUUUUUGAUCGUUAUAAAAGGACUUGCGACAGAAACGCCUCAGUGGCUUGUUCAGACGCUGGAGCAACGGACUUGCCUCCAUACCAGACCGGCGUUCGCUCUGACGAUAUAGUGUGUGAAAGCAAUAAUUGUUCAUGCAUCUAUCCGAGUAAUACGAGUUGCUCUCAAUACUAUCGGUGUGAAGAUGGAAUAGCCUACGUCGAACAGUGUUCGGAGGGACUGCUGAUGAACCCUGAAACACUUACUUGUGAUUAUGCUGAAGACGUGACUUGUGAUAUAACGCCAAGUUACGACACAUCGUCUCCAACCAUAACAGCUUAUUACCUAUCUUCAGGUAGUGACCUGGAAGACGAUAAUGAAAUUCUUUCUUCUACGACAGAGGAAGAAAUAAAUAUUGAAAGCGAAGAAUCAACUUUAUAUCCUACAUCAGAAAUAACAAGUGUCAUCGGGCAAAGUACAUUCAUGGAUGGAAAUACAGGUAAUGAUUUCGACGAAAAUGAAAGAGGAACUACUAUGAUACUUACUUCUGAAGCAGAAUUUAGUGGAAACACAAUUGGUGAUGAUGCGGUAACACCUUCUGAAUCGUAUUCUCUACCAGAAUCAACUGAUGGCAUGGCCUUAACAGGAAUACCUGUAAAUGGUACUUUCUCGCAGCCUAGCACUGCAAUGCCUGACAAUAUAACUAGUGAAGAUGGAACUUCUACUUCCUUCACACAGACAGAACGAGAUCUGUUAACAACAGUCAUGAGUACCGUAACAAAGUACUUCUUUAGUGACAAGGCUAGCGAAACCACUUCAGAAACAUAUCCUGCAACUAAAGAAGAAACGUCGGAAAAUGAUUUAGAAACGGAUGUCCAGUCUGUUUCAACAUCUGAAAGUAUUACGUUUACCGCAAUGCCAUAUAAAACACCAGUAAAUUCAGAAUCCACUUUAUCAGUAUCGUCAACUUUAAGUUCUGUUAUUACAGGAGAAUCAACAGUAACGGAAAUUUCAUCUGCGAUUACUACAGGGGAAAGUGAGUCUUAUUUUGAUUCAGAAAAGACUUCCAGUGAGAACGGCCAGAUUACAGAACAUGUGACGCCUGAAUCAAAAUCAACUUCGAUGGAUGAUAUCUCCAAAAGUACAAUCCAUACUUCUCCAACUGAAUUCAUAAAGUCUGAAGACAAUUUUUCUCAAGAAACUACCAGUUCUCGCAUUAUUGACAGCUCAGUAAAAUCAACAUCUCCAGUAUCAGUUGUUUAUAGAUCUACAGACUCAGAAUUAUCCUUUGAUGAUACUACUGCAAACGAUAACUCUGUAUACACAAAGGAUUCAUCAACAAUAUCUCAUGACAUUGUAGAAUUAUCUACACUGCAUAUAAAUCAGACUCAAAAAACAAAUUCUGAUGAAAUAAAAGAUACAUCGAAUUUACCUGUUAACUUUAAUGUUACAACUGCACCUGAAGAAACGCCUACUGGGACCACUGCAGUUGAAGGCAGAUCUGAAAUUAUGACAAAUGUACCUUCAAUGGAGAUUACCGAUAAUUCUGAAAAGGAACGCGUUGGUACUGAUGCAAUAAACGAGACAGCAGAUAAUGGGUUUGAUAUCACUACGAAUUUCAUUACUUUGACAUCAGAAACUCAAGAUCCAUUUGCAAAUUCUGACACCUCUGUUACAAAAUUAACAUCACCUUCCAAAGAUGCAUCCCUAAUUAGCACAACAGGUAGUCAAGAUACCUCAACCUACAGUGAUAUCAUAGAUUCUAAUCCAACAAGCGUUAUAUUUACCACUGAAAGUAUUAUAAGUACCAAUGACAGCAAUAUCAUAGAUUCUAAUCCAAUAAGCGUUAUAUUUACCACUGAAAGUAUUAUAAGUACCAAUGACAGCAAUACUGAAACUGCUACCCUUCAGUCUGUGUCUGAUAUUCGAAACGAUAUAACUUCGGAUUCGGCAUCGAGUUCUCCUACUGUAUCUUUUACAUCUGAAACUGCCUCAGAAUUGAGCACUGCUACUGAAGGAAAUGCACAAUAUACUCCUAACGAUAUUGCUAAAGAAAUAAAGGAAAAUGAAUCGGUUGCUACCAAUAUAAUAUCAACGAAUUCAGGACAUAUUGAUUUGACCACAAAAUUCACUGAAAUAUCAUCAGAAACUCCAGCUUCUACAACAACUUUUGCAACAAAAUUCACUGCACUUCCUGUAAGAUCUUCCGGCUUUAGUACGGGACCAGAAAUGGAGAUUUCAACUAAUGCUCGCACUGAAGCUUUUACUUCAGAGACGGCAUACGAAAAUUCCACUGAAGACACUACAGUAUCUAAUUCGGUAUCUAAUUUACGCACCGAGCCUUUUUCAUCUGAAACUGCUCCGAAAAGGAGCACUGUAAAUGAAGUUGCGCAAUAUACUACACCAACCGAAGCGGAUAUUAUUAGUUCAGUGGAAACGACUGGAGAAACUGUCCUUGAUUCUACCACAAAAGUCACUGAAACAACUUCUACUAUACGGUUCACUUCGCCUUCUAGAGAAUUUUCCAGCAUCACCUCGGAAACGGAUAUGUUGACAGUUAAAAACCCAACAGUGAUCACUUCUACUUCCAGGAGUGCAACAUCUGGAAUUGUGACAGAACCUACAGCUGAUUUUGAUGAGUCUACGACGGAAACCCGAUCUGAAAUUUCUGUGUCUGAAACGAUGUCAGAACUGCGUACGGAGACUUUUACAUCUGAAACUAGUUCAGAAUCUAUACCAACGAUUACAGAACAUUUCAUUGAUUCUACCACAGAAUUAACUGAAGCGACAUCAAAAUCACAGAAUCCGACUUCUAUCACGAAAUCGACUGCUCCUUCUCAACAAACUUCUACUUCUGCGGAGUUGGAAACAUCAACAAAUACACAGUCACCAAAAAUUACUCUCAUUACUAAAACUUCUACUUCAAAUGUUAUGACACCCUCUAAUGAAGUUGUGUCGGAAACUCGACCUAAAACAUUAACAUCCAAUUCGGUUACGAACUUUCCCUCUGAUUCUUUCACUUCAGAAUCUAUCACAGCAGCUGACAUCCGAACUACUUUUAGUAAAGAAACUACUGAAACUGAGUCAGUUGAUAUUAGUUCCGUACCACCUACUACAAAACGUGUCUUUGAUUUCAUAACAGAAUUCCCUGAAGUGACAACAGAAACGCAGAAUCCGACUUUUAUCCCAGACCUCACUAUAUUUACAGAAAGAACUUCUAGCAUUAUUACGGAAUCUGAAAAAAGUACUUUAAGAAUUACAGAGCCAACAAUAAACCCUUUUACUAGUGCAAAUACAGGUUCUGUGGUUGUGACAGAAACUCGCACUGAAGCUUCUACCCCGGAAACCGUGACAGAAACCGCAGCUGAAACAUUUCCUUCGGACACAAUGCCGGAUCUACAUACGGAAUCUUUCACAUCUGAAACUAGCUCAGAACUGAGCAGGACAGCUGAUAAUAUUGCACAACAUACUACGCUUAGCAGACAGAGCACUGAAACUGAAUCAAGCACAGUUUCUUUUGUAUCAACAAUUACCGAACAGUUUAUUGAUUCCACUACAGAUUUUACUGAAGUGACAGCAAGAUCGCAGGAUCUGACAUCUGUUACAAAAUUCACUGCAUCUGCCCUAGGAUCGUCUACCAUUGUUACGGAAUCUAAAGCAAAUAAUCUAACGACAACACAUUCUAAUGAUUCGAGUACUGUAUCUGAUGUUGUGACAGAAAGUCUCACUGAAACUAGUUCUUCAGAUGCUGUGACAGUAACUCAGACUAAAACUGUAUCCGAGACUGCAUCAGAGACCUCGAUGCAUGAAACAGUGUCGAAUUUGCGCACUGAUCCAUUCACCUCCGAAACUGCCGCUGAAACGAGCAGUACAGGUAAAACAAAUGUAACUAGUGAGAGCACUGUAACUGGGUCGGUUAUUAUUUCUUCCUUACCAGCGACUAUUUCACUACCGACAUCUGUUAUAAAAUCCACUGUCUCUUUUCCAGGUUUUUCGACUAUUACUACUGGAUCAGAAACACAUGCGUCAACGAAUAUGGGAACAUUCACUUCUACUAUUGAAGCUGCUACUUCAGAAGAUGCGACAGAAGCUAGUACUGAAUCUGCUACUCUAGAGACUAUGACUGAAUUCCAGAGUAAAACUUCUCAAUCUGAUUUGGUAUCGGAUUUGUCCACCAAGUCUUUAAUAUCUGAAACUUUUCCACAAUCGACCACUGUAAGUGAGGAUCUAACACAAUAUGCUACGACAGAAGAUAUUGGAGGAACUUCUGAAAAUGGGUCAAGUACUAUCACUUCAGCGUCAAUGGCUACCGAAGGUUUCAUUGAUUUCACAACAGAACUGCCUGAUGUGAUAUCGGAUACAGUAAAUCCAGAAUCUAUUACGAAAUUCAUCGCACCUUCCCAAGGAAUUUCUAAGACCGUUACGGAUUAUAAAACAGAUAUUUCAAUGAUUACACAACCUGUAACAAUCACUUCUAUUACUGGAAGCACAGCAUCUGCAGUUGCGACAAAAACACUCACUGAAACUGGUACACCGAAGAUUGUGACGAAAACCCAAACUGAGACGUCUACUUCUGAAACAGAGUCCGAUAUAUUCACCGAUUCUUUCAAAACUGUAACUAUCUCGGAAAUCAACUCAGCAACUGAGAGUAUCUCACAAUAUACGACAAAACGUAUUACUGGAGAAAACACUGAAACCGAAUCAGUGCCUACUUCAGUACCAACUGCUGCUGACCAAUUCAUUAACACCACUACAGAAUUUACUGAAAUGAUAUCGGAAAAAAAGAAUGCGACUUCCGUUACAAAAUUCACUGCUACUUCUCAAGGACCUUCUAGCAGUGUUACGGACUCCGAAGCAAAUCCUUCAGCAACAAUAAUUUCAAAUACUGAAAGCAUAACAUCCGCUGUUGUGACAGAAAUUCUCCCUGAAUCUUCUACUCUAGAAACUGUGACGGAAAAGCGAGAUGAAACGUCUCCCUCUGAAAGAGUAACAGAUUUUCAUACAAAGUCUCUCACAUCUGAAACAAGAGCUGAAACCGAAACUCCAACUGAAGAUAUUUCACAAUAUACUACUAAAAGCGGUAUUAGUAAAAAUGAAACUGAAUCAAUUACUAUUAUUUCAACACCAACGACAGCAGAACGGUUGGUUGAUACAACCACUGAAGCAAAGAAUCCAGUUGCUACAAAAUUCACUGCGCCUUUCGAAAAGACUUCCAGCACUACCGCGGAGUCAGAAUUAGAUAUAUCGAUAACUGAAGAACCAACAUCAUUCAUUUCUACUGGAAGUACAGCAUCUGCAACUGUUACGGAAACCCGCUCUGAAACACCUAAUCUAGGGACAAUUACGGUAAGCCAAGAAGAAACUGUUUCAGAUUUACCAACUAAAUCUUACACAGCUAUCUCAGAAAGGAGCACUCCAACGGAAAAUAUUACACAAUAUACGACAAAAAGUAUUAGUACAGAAAACACUGAAACCGAAACAGUCAGUGAUUCAGUACCUGUAACUACCGAACGAUUGAUUGAAUCCACUACAGAAUUGAUUGAAAUGACAUCAAAGACAGAGGAGGCGAUUUCCGUUACAAAAUCCACUGUUAUUUCUCAAGGAUUUUCCAGCACCGAUACGGAUUCGGAAGCAAAUAUUUCAAUGAUUACACAGCCUAUAACAACCACCUAUAUUACUGGAAGCACAGCAGUUGCGACAGAAUCAGGCACUGAAUCUGCUACUCCAGAAACUGUGACGGAAACCCGAGGUGAAAUGUCUCCUUCUGAAACUGUAACAGAUUUUGUUACCAAGGCUUUCACAUCUGAAACAGUCACUGAAACCGACAAUCCAACUGAGGAUAUUACACAAGAUACUACUACAAGCAGUAUUAGUAAAACUGAAACUAUUACUUCACCAACAACGACUGCAGAACGGUUGGUUGAUACAACCAUUGAAACAAAGAAGGCAAUUGUUACAAAAUUCACUGCGCCUUUCGAAAGGACUUCCAGCACUAGUGAGGAAUCAGAACUAGAUUUAUCGACAACUGAAGAAUCAACAUUUAUUUCUACUGGAAGUACAGCAUCUGCAACUGUUACGGAAACCCGCUCUGAAACUCCUAAUCUAGGGACAAUUACGGUAAGCCAAGAAGAAACUGUUUCAGAUUUACCAACUAAAUCUUUCACACCUAUCUCAGAAAGGAGCACUCCAGCGGAAAAUAUUACACAAUAUAUGACAAAAAGUAUUAGUACAGAAAACACGGAAACUGAAACAGUCAGUGAUUCAGUACCUGUAACUACCGAACGAUUGACUGACGCCACUACCAAAUUGAUUGAAAUAACAUCAAAGACAGAAAAGGUGACUUCCGUUGCGAAGUCCACUGUUACUUCUCAAGGAUUUUCCAGCACUGAUACGGAUUCGGAAGCAAAUAUUUCAAUGAUUACACAGCCUGUAACCAUCACUUCUAUCACUGGAAGCACAGCAUCUGCAGUUGCGACAGAAACACUCACUGAAUCUACUACUCCAGAAACUGUGACGGAAACCCGAGGUGAAAUGUCUCCUUCUGAAAUGGUAACAGAUUUUCUUACCAAGGGUUUCACAUCUGAAAUAGUCACUGAAAUCGACAAUUCAACUGAGGAUAUUACGCAAGAUACUACUACAAGCAGUAUUAGUAAAACUGAAACCGAAACUAAAUCAAUUACUACUACUUCACUACCAACGACUGCAGAACGGUUGGUUGAUACAACCACUGAAACAAAGAAGCCAAUUGUUACAAAAUUUACUGCGCCCUUCGAAAGGACUUCCAGCACUAGUGAGGAAUCAGAACUAGAUUUAUCGACAACUGAAGAAUCAACAUUUAUUUCUACUGGAAGUACAGCAUCUGCAACUGUUACGGAAACACGCUCUGAAACUCCUAAUCUAGAGACAAUUACGGUAAGCCAAGAAGAAACUAAAGGAGCACUCCAACGGAAAAUAUUACACAAUAUACGACAAAAAGUAUUAGUACAGAAAAACACUGAAACCGAAACAGUCAGUGAUUCAGUACCUGUAACUACCGAACGAUUGAAUGAAUCCACUACAGAAUUGAUUGAAAUGACAUCAAAGACAGAGAAGGCGACUUCCGUUACAAAAUCCACUGUUACUUCUCAAAGAUUUUCCAACUCUGUUACGGAUUCGGAAGCAAAUAUUUCAACGAUUACGGAGCCAAGAAUUAUCACUUCUACUUCUGGAAGUACAUCUGCUGUCGUAACAGAAAUUCGCACCGAAUCUGCUACUGCAGAAUCUGUGACAAAAACCAGAUAUGAAACGUCUCCCUCAGAAACAGUAUCGGAUUUGCAUACCAAGCCUGUAACACUUGAAACAGUGACUGAAUCGAAUAAUCCAACUGAGGGCUUUACACAAUCCACUUCAAGCGAUAUUAGAAAAACAGCUGAAUCUAUUACUAUUAUUUCAGAACCAACGACUACGGAGCGGUUCAUUGAUUCAACUACGGAAACAAAGAAGCCAACUGUCACGACAUUCACUGCGGCCUUUGAAAGGACUUCGGGCAUUACUGCGGAAUCAGGAAUAGAUAUAUCAACGACUAUAGAACCAACAUCAUUCAGUUUUACUACUGGAAGCACAGCUUCUGCGAUUGUGACAGAAACUCGCACGGGAUCUGCUAUUCCGGAGACUGUCACGGAAAAUAGAAUUAAAACAGUUUCAGAUUUAUUUACCGAGCCUUUCACAACUAAAUCUAUCUCGGACUCUAACACUGCAACUGAGAGUAUUACGCGUUAUACAACAAAAGGCUUUAGUACAGAUAAAACUGAAACUGAAUCGGUCAAGAUUUCCUCAUUACCAACGAGUACCGACAGACUCAUAAAUUCCACUACAGAAUUUACUGAAAUGACAUCGGAAACACAUAAUCCUCCUUCAAAAUUUACUGCGCCUUCUCAGCAAGGAUCUUCCAGUACAGCUACAGAAUCGGAAACAAAUAUGUCAACGAUUAUAGAGCCAAAUAUAGUAACAUCUACUGCUGAAAGUACAACAUUUUCUGUUGUGACAGCAUCUAGCACUGAAUCUGCUACUCCAGGAACUAUGACAGAAACUGCAAGUGAAACCUCUGCUUUUGUUACGAUGUCAGAUUUGCAUACGCAGCCUUCCACAUCUGAAACGACGUCGGAAUCGAAAUAUAUCACUGAAGAUGUAACGGGAUAUACUACAAAUGAUGUUAGCGGAAAGAGUAUUGAAACUGAACCUGCUACUAUUACUACUGCAGCAACGACUCCAGAGCGGUUCACUGAUUCCCCCGCAAAAUUCACUGAUGUGACAUCGGAGACUAAGAAUUCGACUGAAACUUUUGUAACAAAAUUCACUGCAUAUGAAACUCUGUCGUCUAGUGAGUCAACAGCGUCAGAAAUACAUACCUCGAUAAAUACAGAACCAAUAACAAAGUCAUUUACUGAUGAAAACUCAUUUGAGACUGUAACAAUUUUACCCGUAGAAACAUCUACUUCUGAGACAGAUUUGGAAACACGUUUUCAAUCUUCUACAUCUAUAACAUUGUCGGAAUCUGGAACCGUUUCUGAGGUCAAGGAAUCAACUACUAUUUCAACGAUGUGUUUGGAUCCCAAUGGAAUGUAUCCACAUCCAACGGAUUGCCAAGCAUUUUACAAAUGCACAGAAGGCGUGCCUGUUCUAUCCUUGUGUGUCGGCGAUGAGCAUUUCAAUCCUAGAGAUCAUCUUUGUCAAGAUCCAUGCUUAGCUCUGUGUGAUAAUACUAUUGACUGCUCAGGUAUGACGCAGAGUCCUUCAAGUGUGACAACAGAAGAAUUCUUCCCUUCUGAUGAUAUCAGCACGACACUUAUGACUGAAACAACAAGUUACAGAAGCUCAACUGCAUCCAAUAACGAGAUUUCAAGUACUUCCAUUGUCAGUGAAGUGACUGCAAUAGAUGAUAACAGCACCGAAAUCAAAAUAUCCACUUUAUUAACAUCACCUGAAAAGUUUACUUCCUUUCAGACAACUCUAGAGAUUGCCAAGACCACUUUAUCUGACAUAUCGAGCACAGGAUCAUCUGAAGAGACAAAUAAUUCUCCAAUCAGCGUCCUUAGUACCACUGCAACUGGGCCAUCAAAUUUUAUGUCUACCACAGUGUAUGAUAUAAAUAAGACUGAAUCGCCGAUAUGUCAGGAUCCAAAUGGUUUAUAUCCCAACCCAAAUGACUGCAGGUCUUUCAUCAUGUGUAUAGGCGGUGAACCAUAUGAAACUCAAUGUGACGAGCAAUUGCAUUUCAGCCCACUGACAGAGCAUUGUGAAUUUCCUUGUAUUGCAAAAUGUGAUCCUACACUUGAUUGUUCCUCCACAAAUCCACCGAUUUUAACUUCAGCUGUGCCUUUUAUCAAAUGUCCACAAAAGGAUUUCUUCCCUGUAUUUGAACAGUGCGAUUAUUACUUCGACUGCGUGGACAGAUUCCCCAGGAUUCAAAGUUGUCCUGUUGGCUUAACAUUCAAUGCUACGACGAGAGUCUGCGAUUGGCCAGAAAAUGCUGAAUGUGGGAGCUCUGUGAAGGCUCUUCCCGAAUCGGAUGAUUGGCAUGACUGCCCUUGUGAAACCUGUUUAGUACCAUCAAUGAGCAGCUGCAAGGCAUAUUAUUUCUGCUUUAAUUACAAAGCAUACCCAAUGGAAUGUUCGGAUGGUCUCUUAUUCGACCAAUCUUUGAACACUUGCAAUUACCAGUCGAAAACACUUUGCAAUAUAGCAUCGUCUACUACUACUACUACUACUCGCACUUCGACUACAACUACAACAGCUAUUUCGUCGAGUACUACGCAAAGCUACAAAUGUCCAGAAAGAAAUGGAAUGUUUAGAGAUCCUUCAAACUGUAGACGCUUCAUCCAUUGCUCAAACUAUUGGCCUUAUAUCAAGGAUUGUCCAGGUGGUCUUCACUUCAGCGUUGAGUUGCAACGAUGUGAAUGGCCGUGCGAAGCGAAAUGCGAUCUAACCUUGCCUUGCGUAGCCGCUCAACAAACACCCACUCCACUUCGUCUUCCAUCUACGACUCCGGAUCCUUUGUGCCCUUGUAAAAACUGCCGUGUGUCGAAUCCAGAAUCCUGCACCAAAUACAUCGAAUGCACAAACGGUAUAUCUAAACGCAAGAAUUGCCCAAGAGGACAGACAUUUGAUCAUCAGCGACAGCGCUGUGACUGGGCACACAAAGUGGAUUGUCCUUAUAGUCAAAUGUGCCCUAGAACUAAUGGGCUCUUUCUGUACAAAGAUGACUGCCACAAAUUCGUCCAUUGUUCAAAUGGAAUUCCUUAUAUAAAAACGUGUCCAGGAGAACUUGAAUUUGACCCUAGGACGUUGCGGUGUGAAUGGCCAUCUGGAAAAUGUGUUUCAGCUAAGCCCGAAUUUUCUAGUCGAGCAGAAGAAAUUGAUGAAGAGUUAUUUCAAGAAAAAUGGACAUGCCCCGAAAAAUUUGGCUACUUUCCUCACGAGACAAGUUGUUCAAAAUUUUAUCAUUGCAGCUUUGGAACUCCUCAUCUUAAAGAAUGUUCUGAUGAUUUGUCUUAUAAUCCAUUGUACCAAACUUGCGAUUGGCAGAAAAAUGUAAAGUGUGGAUCUCAUCAGCAACAUUACCGGAGACGUUGUCGUCGAUAUGAUCGCCAAAUUCUGUGUCCACAAAACAAAACUCAUGUUGCCCAUCCCCACUGUGAUAUGUUUUACGAUUGUUCUACCGGAUCGCCAUGCCCAAAACGUUGUCCAAAUGGCUUAUUUUUCAACAGUAUUACUCGCAUGUGCGACACGGCUGAAAAUGUCAAUUGCUUGAAACGAGAUGGAGAAGUAUAUAGUCUCAAAAGCAUGGCCGAAACAUGUCACCGGAAAGGUAAAGGACAAAUGCAAGACCCCGCCAAUGACAGCUGUUUCUACAAAUGCCAUAACCAUAAAGUCCUCCGUGGCUGUUGUUCAAGAAACCGUUUUUUCAAUGAACAGAGCAACAACUGCAUAUUGAAAACCUUCAUACCUCAAAACUUAAGGAUCUUUGGAUGAAGGCGUAUAAACCUGGACCCGUACAGUUCUUUUAACAAGAUUUGUAAAUAGAAUUUAUUUUUAAGUUACGUAUUCCGAUAUUGUAUGACCAUUUUCGCGGAUGAUUUUAUUUAACUUAUAUUAAGCAUCAUCUUUUGAACUGUUAUUGUUUACUAAAUAAAACAUUGUUAACGUA